AGCACUGCAGCAGCAACGCGACCAGCCAACACGGAGCCAAAGCAGGCGGCAUGAGGCUUGAUUCAGUUCACUUCUCCAUGCUGGUCAUCGGGGUCUCCUUCGCCUGCUACUCCCCGAGUUUGAAUUCCCUGCAGGACCAGGCUUACAGAUCUGCGGUGGUCAUCGAGGGGAAGGUGCACUCGGUGCCCGCCAACGUCUCCACGGAGCCCUACAGCGUGAAUGUCCGAGUGCUGGACGUGUGGCCCCUGCACAGCGGGGGUCUGGAGCGCGAGCAGCUCGUCACCGUGGGCCACUUCGGCUCCGAGGCUCCGUGCACCAGAGUGAAGAAGAACCACAAAUACAUCUUUUUCAUGGACCCCACGGACGAGCCCUUGGUGUUCAAGGCAUCGUUCGCCCCUUUGGACACAAACGGGAAGAAUCUAAAAAAAGAUGUUGGGAGGAUCUUGUGCGAGAACUGCGCAUCCGCCCCGAGGUUAAAACGGCUGCGGAACCAGCUGCUGGAGGAGGGAGACAGGCUCACGCUUAAGUGCGAGGCCUCCGGAAACCCGAGCCCCACCUACACGUGGUACAAAGAUGGCAGCGAGCUCAAGAAGAGCAAAGAAAUCAAAAUAAAGUCCAGCAAGAAAAACUCCAGGGUCCAGAUCAAUAGAGUUCGACUGGAGGACUCUGGAAAUUACACAUGUGUGGCAGAGAAUCUGUUGGGGAAGGAAAACACAACAAGCACCAUUAACGUCCAAAGCAUUACCACCACGCUGUCCCCAGGCUCAGGUCACACCAGAAGAUGCAACGAGACAGAGAAGGCGUACUGUGUCAACAAUGGUGACUGUUACUUCAUUCACGGUAUAAAUCAGCUCUCUUGCAAGUGUCCAAAUGACUAUAAUGGUGAUCGCUGUCAAACCUACGUUAUGGACGAUUUCUACAAGCAUCUUGGAAUUGAAUUAAUGGAGGCGGAGGAGCUGUACCAGAAGAGAGUCCUGACAAUCACAGGCAUCUGCGUGGCUCUGCUGGUGGUGGGCAUCGUGUGUGUGGUCGCCUACUGCAAAACCAAGAGACAGAGGAAGAAAAUGCACAACCACGUGCGGCAGAACAUGUGCGGCGACCAUCCCAACCGCAACCUGGCCAACGGACCCAAUCACCCGGGACCGGGCCCUGAAGAGAUCCCCAUGGUGGAUUACAUCUCGAAGAAUGUCCCAGCCACCGAGCGGGUCAUCCGGCAUGGGACCGAGACAUCCUUCUCCGGCAGCCGAGCAUCUUCCAGAUCCCACCAUUCGUCCAGCCCUGCUCACUCAUCCACACACAGACACGAGGAGCGCACGUGGAGCUUGGACAGGACGGGCAGCGCGCUCUCGGACUCCCCGUCGGGUUUGGCCUCCUCUUCUGUGGGGACCAGUAAGUGCAGUAGCCCGGCGUGUGUGGAAGCGCGGGCGCGGCGUGCGGCACACUGUGGAGUUACAGAGCCCCACGACCCCCCCGCCGGACGCUACCGGGACUCCUUCGAUUCCCUGGGGGACUCUCCGCACAGCGACAGGUACGUGUCAGCGCUGACGACGCCGGCCCGCCUCUCGCCCGUGGACUUCCAUUACUCACUGCCCCCACAGGUGCCUACCUUCCAGAUCACGUCCCCCAACGCCAGCCACGCCAUGUCGCUGCCGCCAGCCGCCCACGCCUCCUACCGGCUGGAGGACGACCAGCCGCUACUCCGCCGCUACCAGGUGCCCCUGCAGGACGUCCAGCGGCACGAGCCUUACUGGCAGCAGCGGCGCUCCUGCCUCAACGACAGCACGGGCAGCCUGCCCUCCAGCCCCUACCGGCUGGCGGACGACGACGAGUACGAGACCACGCAGGAGUACCUCUCCUCCCUGGAGAAACCAAAGAGAAGCAGGUCGGGCAGCAGACGCUGGAGGAGGUCCAGGCUCAACGGGCACGUCUCGCAGCGGGGGGAGGCAGGGCGGCGGGACUGGGGCUCGCGGAGCUGCCUGUCGGACAGCGAGUCGGAGGACGAGGAGGGCGAGAGCACUCCCUUCCUCAGCAUGCAGAACAUGAACACGGAACCGUCCACCAUUUACAGACCGGCGGACAGUCGGACUUACCGCUCGUCGGGGCGGCACGGCGGGCGCGGAACUCUACAGGCCCGGUCCAAACAAGACGGGGCCCCCCGCUGAGAAACCAACGAAACAGUAUCCGAUAGAC